AUGUCGUCAUUGGCGAUACGAGAUGACCCCUCGAUAUCUGCAAACACCUUGGCUAAAUCGACUUCGAGUGUCUCGGGCGCAGAACGUGGCUCGAUGGAUGAUGCUACUUGGGAGCGAUGCAACAACCUCGUCUUUAAUACCAGCCUUGCCGACGGCAUGCCAAUGGACCUUCUGCCUCGGGAAGAACUGCGACUGUUGUUGUCAGAUCUUCCUGUCCUGCAGCAGCUGUGGCUGGUCACUGCCGAGGCACUGAUUCUGGAGCGGAAAAUAGUGGAGAAACAGUCUGACAUCCGGCGAAAUGCCCAGGUGAUGUUGGAGCUCAUCCGGGAGGAUGGCUUCGCUGAAGAGGACGAGUGGUGGUACGGCCAAGGCGCACACGAUUCUAUUCGGCCACCAUUGGACUCUAUCGAAGAAGACAUGACUGAGGACAUGACGUCGUGA